AUGGCGGGUAAGUUGCACAAGCAUAGGUGCUUUUGGCACGCCCCAUUGCCGCGGAGCCCCUCGAUGCCGCCAACGCGCGAAUGUACUUUGACACUUCGCCGCCGGCUGGAUUGGGCGCCGGUGCCGAUCCGGAGGAGAGACGCAAGGGAUGCACGCUGCGGGUGGAGUCGAAGGCGCAUGCCCUCACACUCUCAGUGGGCGGACGGCUCCGUAGAGCUCGGAGUGCUGUCUGGCCGCGCCGCCCGCUUAUAUUGGCGCCAGACACAGGCUUCCAUGCAGUGUGGAGUGCGGCGGCGGCUUGCUGGCGCGCAGCAGCCGAGCGGAGUGCCAGGACAUCGAACUGAGCCCCGCUGA